AUGAAUAAAAAAUGGCUUUUCAUAGCAUUUCACGAGCACGAAUCCCCUUUGUUCGUUGUUGUUAGCUUCUCCUUCUUUCCAUUUCAAGCUGAUGAAAAAACAAUAGAAUUUAGAUUUCAUUGCACUAAAUAUUCAUUGUCACAAAAGAAAUUUCAAUGGUUGAGUUGUAGAAGCAAUCAUCAUAGAAAACGAAGCAGAACAAUCUCAUCAUUUUCGUAG